GCUUCAAGUAGAUCAGACAUUGGGAGUCAUUUCAAGUCAUCCGCUGUACCAGAUCAUACACAGGCUUCUUUCAGACGCAGGGGACUUGUGUACAUAAAAGGACCGCCCGUCAUUCCUUCUCUUGUCGCAUUAGCAACUUGUAUCAGUCCCAUUCCCAACUUGGUUCACAGCAAGGCAUGUCGGAAGUCAAGCUGCUCUUCAACUCCAUCAGCCGCAAAUUCACCAGGGAGCCAGCCUACGAUGUACAGAAGCUCCAGGGUAAGCGUCGCACCAUCACCAAGUCAGAGUGCAGGCACCUCUUUGCCUACGAGUGGUCCAGUUGGAAGAAGUGGACAGUCUUGACGGUCAUUUUCGUGGUACAGCUCUCCAUGAAUUUCAAUGCCUCUUCUGUCGGUAAUGCAGUCACGGGCAUCUCAGACGAGUACGGAGUCAGUCUGCCUGCAGCACGUCUUGCACAGUCACUCUUUCUUAUUGCAUAUGGUAUUGGCAGUGAACUCUGGGCGCCAUGGUCGGAAGGUUUGCUUGGCAGAUGGCAAGUCUUGCAAGGCUCUCUCUUCCUCGUCAAUGUCUGGGACAUCCUUGUUGCUGCAUCCCCCAACUUUGCAUCUGUGGUGAUUGGUCGUAUUCUCGGUGGUGCGUCGAGUGCAGGUGGAUCCGUCACGCUUGGCAUUGUCAAUGACUUGUACCAUGUGGAUGUACACGGCUAUGCACUCAACUAUGUCGUGCUCUCUUCAGUCUCUGGUUCAGUGUUAGGACCUGUUGUUGGCGGAUUCAUCGAAGCCAACCUCAACUGGCGCUGGGUGUUUUGGGUACAACUCAUCUUCGGCGGGGUGACACAGCUGAUGCACGCUCUGCUUGUACCAGAGACCAAUCCUACGGUGCUCAUGGACCGCGAAGCGCGUCGGCGGCGCACCGAAAACAAUGAAAACAUCUGGGGUCCAUCAGAAGAGACAACACUUGACUUCAAGGAGAUUCGUCGUAUCUGGGCACGUCCAUUCAUCAUGUUCGCGACAGAACCAGUCGUGGGUCUGCUCUGUCUGCUAUCUGGAUUUUCCGAUAGUCUCAUUUUCACCUUUAUUGAAGGCUUCCGUCCAGUCACCGCGCAAUAUGGCUUUUCAAUCAUCCAGAAUGGCUUGUUUUUCAUCAGUCUGCUGGUUGGCUACUUGAUUGCAUACAUCUACUUCUUGCCGUUCGUGUCGCACGACAUCAAGAAGCGGAAAGCCAGUCCAGGUAAGAUCAAGCCGGAGACUCGCUUGGACGGUCUAUUGUGGGUAGUGCCAUUACUUCCCGCUGGUCUCUUCUUCUUCUCUUGGUCCUCUCUAGGCCCGGCUUACGUACCCUGGAUUGUGCCGGCCAUUGCUGCAGUCCUGAUUGGCGUGGCAAACUCAGCCAUUUACAUGGCUACGAUCGAUUAUUUGGUUGUUCUGUACGGGAGCUACAGUGCCUCUGCAACUGGAGGUAAUGCGCUCGCUCGAGACGUACUCGCAGGCGUUGCAGCCUUCUAUUCCGCCCCCUUUUUCGCCUAUUUUGAACGAAACACACUGGAGUAUCCAACGACCAUCUUGGCGUGCAUAGCAGUGGUCUUGGUGAUCCCUGUGUAUGUGUUUUAUUUCAACGGGGAGUAUUUCUGUCGCCACAGCAAGUUUGCACAGCAAUUAGCCAAGGAUGAAGCGGCCGAGGCAGAUGCAUCGAGUGCGUCAGAUGGGAAGAUGUCUGACCGCGAGUCAGCCAAGGACGACGCUACAUUGCAUGGGGGGUCAGCGUCGCACCAGGAGAAGGUAUGAGUAAGUUGCUUCAGCUAGCUGUGUUCAUGUAUUGUGUAGUUCUAUGUCUCCCAUGG